GUUUGUGUUUACAAUUAUUUUAGUUAUAAAUAAGCGAUACAUCUUACACAUAUUGUUGAUCUCGGCAAAAGUUCUUAUCGAUUUAAUCUGCUUAUCUUUUGAGUUUGGAUCGGAACGGAAUAGUGUUAAAAAGAUAAUAUUUCGGUUCAUUUUCACUAAAUUAAUUUAUUCCUUUUCGUGAAUUUCACGGAAUUUCGAUGCAAGUUCAACUGUCGCUUUUGUCUAGAUAAUCGGGAAAAAAUAUGCGGCUUCGAGAAAAUCGUCACUGCUGGAUCCGAAUUAUAUUGGUUCUUGGUAUUGUGAAAGGCGAAAAAAUUCGAUAUGACAGACACAAGUUGUAUGAAAUUAGUCUGGCAUCAGACAUGUCUUUAAGGGUGAAACGUGAAAUUGAUAGACACAUAGCACUAGACCAGAAGCAAAGUGAACAAAAUUUAAAUGUAACACUUUUGGUUGAACCGCAUGAAGUACCGAGAUUCGAGAGCCUACUCGCCAGUAACAAUAUAUCACAUGAAGAACUGAAUGUCAACUUACAAGAUAUGAUCGAUGUUGAGUUGAAAAGCAUCAAACCGCUAAAUACGUUGGCAAUCGAUUUCGGAUGGAAACAUUUCUAUCAACUUGAAACGAUUUACGCAUGGCUCGAUUAUUUGGCCGAAAAAUACAGCGACCUGAUUACACCACUGGACAUUGGAAUGAGUUUUGAAGGGCGACCGUUGAAAGGAGUAAGGCUGUCCUAUAAAGCCGAUAAUCCUACCGUUUUCAUCGAAGCUGGAAUACAUGCCAAAGAAUGGAUUGGUCCAGCAACAGCUACUUUUAUAUUAAAUCAGCUCCUUACGUCGACUGAUACCAAAGUCAAACAUAUUGCUCGUAAUUUCAACUGGAUUGUUUUUCCGGUGUUCAAUCCAGACGGAUACAAAUACACCUUUGAUGUGAACAGAUUGUGGCGUAAAAGUCGCGAACCAUUUGGGUCGUGUUUCGGCGUUGAUUUAAAUCGAAAUUGGAAUGCCUCGUGGAGCGCAACGAGAGGAAGUUCUGAGGAACCUUGUGGAUGGAACUAUCCUGGACCAUAUGCGUUCAGUGCGCCAGAAACGAGAAAGUUUGCUGAGUACCUCCGGAAGAACGUCAACUCACAACGGAUCGAAACUUACUUGAGCUUUCAUUCUGCCGCAAAAAAGCUCUUAUUUCCCUUCGCAGGCAGAAGUUCUCGGCCACCAAACAGCAAAGAUUUGUAUCAAAUUGGAGAAAAAGCGAUCGAUGCGCUUGCUAAGUCGAAUGGGACACAGUUCGAAAUGGGGAACGCUUUCGAAACAAUGUACGAAGCGCCAGGAACAAGUAUAGAUUGGGUUUACGGUGAAUUGAACGUUUCGAUAGUGUAUGCGUACGAGCUACGGCGGUCAGAAAGGGAAUUGUCAAAUUUUCAGGAUAGAUUUCUUUUGCCAGCCGAUCAAAUUGAGCCAGCUGGUUGGGAGACGCUUGAUAGCAUCGUGGCGCUGCUCAGUGAAGCCAAGGCUCUCGGCUACUAUAAAUCGACAUGUUGUUCUUGUCGAUCACGUGCUGUGAUAUAUUACUCCAUUGGAUUUGUUGUUUUGCUGGUUGUCAUUCUCAUCACCAGUCUUUACUUUGUCAGAAAGUACAAAUUGUGUUGCAAGGAUUACAAAGAAGAUCGAAUUCUACUCUUUCACGCAAAAGUGUAACAUUUUUACAGUCGAAUCGUAUAAGAGAUCAAAUAAAUAAUCGAGUUCGAGCCCGUUCGAUUCGGGCUUGUACCAACGAUCCUAACUUUAGUUUCGA